AUGCCUGACCAUAGCCUAGGCUUGGGGACUGUUUUCCCCACGAUUGGUAAUCUGCCCUCUAUGAAAGAGGUUGAACAUGUUUUGACUCAUGGAUACAUCCACGGGCAUGUCCAUCAGCAUGAUGAUCAUAUGCAUAUUCAUGGUCAUAUUCACAAUCACGACCAUCAAUCUAACCAGAAAGCGGAGAAGAGUACUACUGCUGCUGAGCCUGAUAGUUGCGUGGAGCUUAGUAAAGACUGCGACGGAAUAUUCUGCAACGAGCUAGACGACUGUUAUUUCGGUAAUUGCGAGAAUCCCAAAGUUUGCGAUCUUGAUCGGUGCUCAUCCGGAGAUUGUGUCAAUGAAAAGUGUUCGAAUGGGGGGAGCCAUGACGCUUGCUCCAUCGAGUCUUGUGGUGAUGAAAUUUGCUCGACUGAAAUUCCAGAAGUCGAGUGCUGUGAUGAUCCUAGCUGUCUCAGAGACGUUGAGGCAAUAUGUGAGGACCCUAAAUGUCUUGAGAACCACGAGCUAUUCGAUCAUGAGAACAAUUUAUGUGAGACCCAACAGCAAAGGAUGGCAAUAUUUCGAAAUCUUUUAGAAAAUGUUCAAAAAAGCGUCGAGCUGCUGAGAGAAAUCAAGAAGGAAGAAGAAGAGGCGCCCAAGAGACAGUACACUGACAUCGAGAAUUUUGCUACCAAGAGAAGGAAGCUUGAGCCACUAAGUCAAGAUAAUAUUCAAAUUCACUUCCCUCAUCGUUGCCACCCAACUGCAGAUUCUGGAAAUGCAAAAUCAAAUGUUCUUCCGGUGACAAAUACGGCGUUGUCCGGUGAAGUACAACCGGUAGAUGAUAUAAAGGCAUUGAAAGCUCAUCACAACUUGCAUCAAUCUUGCUUCCAUGCGAGGGUACCAUCCUUUAAACAAGAGACUACGGAAUCUGCGCUUACCACUUCCAGUGAACAGAAUGAUUUUGAUUUUUUCCUCCAAUUCAACAAUUUUAAUCUGCUUUUCGGGGAGGAGCCUGAAAAGAUAGGUUCACAAACUCAUUUUGACAAUUCCGCAAUGCAACCGCAGUCACCUAAUGCCCCUUCCUCAUACUCUUGUAAGUGGGAAAACUGUUGCAAGAAAGUUGAUGAUAAUACUCUUUUGGAUCACCUCAUCGGCGACCAUAUUAAUGAGGAAUAUUCCUUGGACAACCGCGAGAGAUCUGAAACUCAAGCAUUUCAAUGCGAGUGGUAUAAUUGUGGUUUCACAAACGAAGAUUACGAGUCCUUUGUCAGUCAUCUCAGUACUCAUAGAGAGUUGAAUGAGGACAUAAGUUCAAGCAGCGCACCAGAUACAGUCAACAGUGCUCUCAAAAGCUCUCCGUUACUUACUCCAAGCUCAAUCGUUUCGUCUCUUGGGUCCCCAAAGCCAUUUAUUAAGAAAGAGGAACAAAGCCCAUCAAAUGGAGUGAGCAUUACGCAGAUGGAGAUCAAACCUAAGAAGGUACUGUCCAAACCUAUUUAUGCGGCUCCUUUGCUCUCUAGUUUGAGUGUUGAGGAUCUUCCCAAUUCCACGUACGACAAAGCUCGCCUAUACAGCAUCAAGAAAACUUCGAACGGUUACUGGCCAGUAUACAAGCGUCUACAAAAUACCAAGGUCUCAACUGAAAUCAAACGUGUGGAUGGAAAUGUUCAUCUUUUUGCGAAAGAGCUUGUGCAACAUCUCGGCACAACAUAUCCGAUUCAAGAGAAGUUGAAAAUCAAUUCUGUUACAGGACUCGUGAGUAUCAAGGGUGAUCAUACUGAAAAAAUUGUAUCAUUUCUUGAGGAGAAGUACAGGUUAUGA